AUGGGUGAGUCGACGUGCCCCGCCUACUUAGUGGGCAAAGGAGUGUCGGAUGGCGGGAACGCCCUGUUCAGCAUUGGCAACCUCAUGGCUGUGGCCAUGGAGCGAUGUAAAACUGCUCGGUGUGCGAUCCAGACCAUGGGCGAUCUGGGCGCAAAGUAUGGCUUCUACGGCGAGGAUCCGGGCUUCGGUGGUGCUGGCGAGGCUGUCACGCUCGUGGACCGCACUGGUGAGGCAUGGGUCUUCCACAUCUGCGGUGUUGGACCCAACCGCCAGGGCAUCAACAUUCUUGAGGGGUGCCCAGCAAUGCCUCCACAUCCUGGGCCGGACAGCGCGGUGCUCUCUGGGUCGCCCAGAGACUUACUGAGAGUGCCCAGCGGCCACGUGGCGGUCAUUGCCAACAGCAUGAUCAUCCGCACCGUGCACUUGGAGGACAAGGAGAACUUUAUGGCCCAUCCCGGUCUCGAGGAUCUCCUCAAGGAGUCGGGACUCUGGAAUGGAGCCAGCCCGUUGGAUUGGCAGAGGAUCGUCCAGCCCGACUUGGCCACUUUCAGCUAUUUCCCUGGCCUGGCGCCGAUCCCCAUGUACUCGACCCUGCGCAUGUGGGGCGUCUAUCGCCAGUCUUCGCCCAGCGCCGGCCUCCAGCCCACUCCAGACCUGGGCAGCUUUCCAUUCUCCGUGCCGGUGGAUGGCAAGGCGACUGUCCAGGACGUGAUGAAUUGGUUCCGAACACACUACGAAGGCACCGAGUUUGACAUGCGCUACGGCAGCCUCGCUGGUCCCUGGCAGUCGCCCAACCGCGCUGAGGGGGGCAAUGGUGCAAAGGCGGUUCCUGGCCAAUUUGCCCGAUCUACCUCCAUCGGGCGCACCUCCUACACGCAGAUUGUGCAGACUGGUCCCAUCCAUCAGCCGCGCGUCUGGUUUGCAGCGGAUACCUCGGCGUCAUCAGUCUUCGUCCCGUUCUUCGCUUCUGUCCUCUCAGACGCUGACGGCAAGUUUGAUGUGGAGGCCUAUGGAACUGGCUCCCAAAAGUCCUUCGCCUUCUCUCACCAUAAAGGCAUUGGACCAGCCUGGUGGGCAUUCGACACCCGGAGUGCAGUUCGGUAUUGCCUGUGUGGUUUGACGCAGGAGGCCGAGCGGCAACGGGGCGACCGAAGAACGUACAGGGCGAACAGUCUUGUGAACACGGGCUUGGGAAUGUUUCAGUUCGAGCCCGACUUCGUGGCGAACUGGAUGGAGGUUUCCUACCAGAACAUGUCAGAGCAGUACGUGUACCCUGCAGUGCAAUCCACGCAGCUUCGCGUGGUCCGGGAAACCGAGGAGGCUCUCCACCGAGCCGACAAGAUGAAGGCUGCCUCUGCAGCGAAACACUUGGCGGAGCACCAAAGCAAAAUUCAGCGGAACGUCACCGAGGAAUGGUGGGCCUUGGCAGAAAUGCUCGUGGUCAGAUACAACGACAUGUUCUACAACUACCCGCCGGAAACACCUCACCAGGUCGGGAGCAUCGGCUAUCCUGCGUUCUGGCUGGAGAUGAUCGGCUUUAACCAGGAAUUCUACAGGCAAUCCUUCCCCAGAGCCUCAGAGCUUGCCCCACCGGCCCUCCAGCUUGUCACCGCAGUCGCCACACCCCGUCAACUGGUGUCCCAAAUACGUUCCCAAGUCUCAUUUUUGUUGUUUUAA